CCUACCCCUUCCCCGCCUGCAGGAAGUAAAGGAAGGGCAAACUGGCUUUGGGGAUCCAGUCUUUUUGAUUUGCCAGGAUGAACAGUCACAAGAGAAGGAAAGACAUGGAACCAGCUUGUACCUGGAGUUUAUUGUCUGAAAAGAAAGCUACUUCAAAUUCACUGGCUUUAUUGUCAUGGAAGGAGUUUACAGAUUACCGAGAAGCAUUCCAAAAACAUCUCAAACAAAAAUACCUAAAAAUAGGAGUCGAUACGUGUUAUUACCAUGGCAAGCAUAUACGGCCACGACUGCUUCUUGUCAAAGAACACGGUAUAUCAGAAAAGACACCCUGUGGAGUUCCUCAACAAGAUCAUUUCAUUGAGUUGGAACAUGUCUUUGGUUCAAAUGAAGAGAGCUGCAGCUCAUCCCAAACGGUGGUGCUUCAGGGAUGUGCUGGGAUUGGGAAAACAGCUGUGGUGCACAAGUUCAUGUUUGACUGGGCAGCAGGCAUGGUUACUCCAGACAGGUUUGACUACCUUAUCUACGUCAACUGCAGAGAAAUAAGCCGUACUGCUAACCUUAGUGCUGCUGACCUGAUCACUAACAGUUUUCAAGACUUGAAAGGACCGAUACUGGACACUGUUCUCCUCUAUCCGGAAAAGCUUUUAUUCAUUCUUGAUGGAUUUCCUGAGCUGCAGUACCCCGUGAGUGAGCAAGAAGAGGAUCUUAGUGUUAACCCCCAGGAGAGAAAGCCAGUCGAGAGCCUCUUAUGCAGUUUUGUGAGUAAGAAACUUUUCCCUGAAUCCUCCCUUCUGAUAACUGCCCGGCCCACAGCCAUGAAGAAGCUGCACUCUCUGCUGAAACAACCCAUCCAGGCGGAAAUCCUGUGGUUUACAGAUACUGAAAAGAGAGCAUACUUCUUGAGUCGCUUUUCAGGUGCUAAUGCAGCAAUGAAAGUCUUUUAUACCCUGCGAGAAAAUGAAGGCCUUGACAUUAUGUCUUCUCUCCCCAUUGUCUCCUGGAUGAUGUGCAGUGUCCUGCAGUGGCAGGGAGAGGGUGACAGGACUCUUCUGAAGUCACUUCAGACCAUGUCGGAUGUGUAUCUCUUCUACUUCUCCAAGUGCCUCAAAACCCUCACAGGAGUCUCGGUGUGGAAAGGACAAAGUUGCCUCUGGGGCCUUUGCUCUCUGGCUGCAGAGGGACUGCAGAAGCAUCAGGUUCUGUUUGCGGUAAGUGACCUCAGGAGACACGGCAUAGGAGUGUAUGACGCCAACUGCGCUUUUCUCGGCCACUUUUUGAAAAAAGCCGAAGGAGGCGUCAAUGUGUACACGUUCCUGCACUUCAGUUUCCAAGAGUUCUUGACCGCUGUAUUCUAUGCCGUGAAGAAUGACAGCAGCUGGAUGUUUUUUGAUCAAGUAGGGAAGACAUGGCAAGAAAUCUUCCAGCAGUACGGAAAAGGGUUUUCAUCACUACUGAUACGAUUCUUAUUCGGCCUCCUACACCGAGGAAAAGGACACACUGUGGAAACUACUUUCGGAAGAAAAGUCUCUCCAGGGCUUCGAGAGGAGCUACUGAAGUGGACAGAGAGAGAAAUACAGGAUAAAUCCUCGAGGUUGCAGAUUGAGCCUGUGGACUUGUUUCACUGUUUAUAUGAAAUUCAGGAAGAAGAAUAUACAAAGAAGAUAAUUGAUGACUUACAGUCAAUUAUACUGCUUCAACCUACCUAUACAAAAAUGGACAUGUUGGCUAUGUCGUUUUGUGUAAAAAGCAGUCACAGUCACCUGUCAGUGUCUCUGAAGUGUCAGCACAUACUUGGGUUUCAGGAGGAAGAGCAAGCCUCAGCAUUGACACCACCAGCCUUAACAUUGAAUCAGUCCUUUCAGCUGUACAACGUACCAGCGUCUCGGCUGCACUUGCUCUGCCAAGCACUGCAGAACCCAUACUGCAAAAUCAAAGACCUGAAACUCAUUUUCUGUCACCUCACAGCUUCUUGUGGUAGAGACCUGUCCUCGGUAUUCGAAACCAACCAGUAUCUGACAGAUUUGGAAUUUGUCAAAAACACCCUGGAAGAUUCAGGAUUGAAGCUUCUGUGUGAAGGAUUAAAACAGCCAAACUGUAUACUACAGAAAUUGAGGUUGUACCGGUGCCUUAUCUCUCCGGCUUCUUGUGGCGCUCUUGCAGCUGUUCUUAGCACCAAUCAGUGGCUCACUGAGCUGGAAUUUAGUGAAACAAAACUGGAAGCUUCAGCUUUGAAAUUGCUCUGUGAAGGUUUAAAAGAUCCAAAUUGCAAAUUACAGAAACUCAAGUUGUGUGCUAGCCUUCUCCCAGAAAGCUCAGAAGCUGUUUGCAAGUAUCUUGCCUCUGUUCUCAUUUGCAACCCACACCUCACUGAGCUGGACCUGAGUGAAAAUCCUCUGGGGGACACAGGGGUGAAGUAUCUUUGCGAGGGUCUCAGACAUGCCAACUGUAAAGUGGAGAAACUCGACUUGAGCACCUGUUCCCUCACAGAUGCUAGCUGUGUGGAGCUCUCUUCUUUCUUGCAAGUGAGUCAGACUCUACAAGAACUGUUUGUGUUCGCCAAUGUCCUGGGGGACACAGGAGUACGGCGUCUCUGUGAAGGUCUGCUGCACGCAAAGGGCAUGAUUAAGAACCUGGUGCUUUCAGAAUGUUCCCUCUCUGCAGCUUGCUGCGAGCCCCUUGCCCAAGUCCUAAGCUCCACGCGAAGUCUCACAAGACUACUGCUAAUUAAUAACAAAAUUGAAGAUUUGGGACUGAAAUUGCUGUGUGAAGGAUUAAAACAGCCUGACUGUCAGUUAAAGGAUCUGGCAUUAUGGACCUGUCACCUGACGGGGGCGUGUUGUCAGGAUCUGUGUAAUGCACUGUACACCAAUGAACACCUGAGAGACCUUGACCUUAGUGACAAUGCCUUAGGGGAUGAAGGCAUGCAGGUACUUUGUGAAGGGCUGAAACACCCCUACUGCAAGCUCCAGACCUUGUGGUUAGCAGAAUGUCAUCUCACAGACGCAUGCUGUGGAGCGCUUGCUUCUGUCCUUAGCAGAAACGAGAACCUAACAUUGCUGGACUUAAGUGGAAAUCACCUCAGAGAUUUUGGAGUGCAGAUGCUGUGUGAUGCACUGAUUCACCCAAUAUGUAAACUUCAGACAUUCUACAUCGACACGGAUCACUUACACGACGAUACAUUUAGGAAGAUGGAAGCCUUAAAACGCAGCAAGCCUGGAAUCACCUGGUAGUCGCCAAGGAGAAGGCACCCAUUGGCUGCAUAUCGAGCUCCUCCAUUUCCGACCAUCUCUAACAGUUGUGCAGUAUUAUUUCUCCCAACCUGUUAGCCAUUGCUGAGGAUGCUAGUUUAAAACAAGCAGCAGCGGAUUGCUGCUACUCACACAGAACCAUCCUCUAACUAGGGUGUAAGAGAAAGAAGCACCUCCAUUCCAGUGUCUUCAGCAAUAGUGCUUUACAUUCAUGUAUUGUGUUGCGAAUGUUUACUAUGGUUUCCCAGUCAUGCUUCAGGGUGGGAAGAUGAGGCUCAGAGAGGUUGCGAUUAGCUCUAGGGCCCACAGCUCAUUAGUGAGAGGGGAUAUGUGCACAGAGGGUGUGUGUGCAUGGAUGUAAGUAUCCAGAAAAUGAUGGAAGGACACAAAUAAGAAACUGCUACCGACGAUGACCUCUGAAGGAGGAAUUUGGCAAGCAGGGUGGUGGGAAGAAGAGGAAAGGAACUUUGCUUUUCAUC